CUUUUCCCCAAAAUUUGAUUUGCACCACUUAUCGCACCAGGAACCACCUCCACCACCACCAUCAUCGUCUUCUCUCUCUCUCUCUCUCUUCCCCGUUACUUUAUUUUCUUCCCCGCUUCGCUCUCCGUCAAAGUCUUCUCUCUUUGCCAUUUUAUCCACUGCUAAUUCCCGUUUUACCCCUCAACCCAUCGUCCCUGAGACACGCCGGCCACGAACGAAGAGAAGAUAAAACCAGGCGAAUUCGGGAGACACGCCCGCCAAUUCGCUUCUGUGCGGGAGAAAUGGCGGCGGCGACAUCGGAGCGAGUCGAAUUGGCCAAGCACUGCAGUUCGCAGAACUGGUCCAAAGCGAUCCGAGUUCUCGAUUCGCUACUCGCGAAGCAGUGCUCAAUUUUGGACAUUUGCAAUAGAGCUUUUUGUUAUAAUCAAUUGGAGCUUCACAAGCACGUGAUCAAAGACUGUGACAAGGCACUCCAGCUUGAAGCUUCCACCAUUCAAGCUUACAUACUCAAAGGACGCGCUCUUUUGGCUCUGGGGAGAAAACAGGACGCUGUUCUUGUUUUGGAGCAAGGAUAUAAAAUUGCUUUGCAGCAGACAGCUGAUGUGAAGCAGCUACUUGAGUUAGAAGAACUCCUGAAAGCUGCAAGAGAAGAAAUCGAUGGCGCUGUGAAACAUCAAGAGACCCCUGCUUCGUCUCUAGGAUCAUGCGCUGGUGACAAGUCUGAUGAAAAAAUAUCGAGCAUGGCAGUUUCUGAAUCAGGAGCAUGCAGCAAUGGAAACACCCACGAGGAUUUAGGUGAGCAAUCAAAGAUGAGUAGUUUUUCAAAGGAUGCAUCUAAGGGGAGCAAGAAACCUGGUGGUGGUUCCGAGUUACGUAAUGGAUCAGCAUACAAGGAGAAAGAGAAUGUAAAGUCUGGCAGCCAAACCAAUGGUUCUUAUGAAUCAUGCAAUGGUUCUGAUUCGCAUGAUGAUUCAUCUGAAAGUUCUGAUCGGUUAGGGGACCUGUCGCUUGUUGGAAACACGUUAACUAUCAAGUCCGGAUCUAUUAGAUUGAGCCAUAAAGCUAAGGCACGAUGUGGAGUCACCGAUGAAACCAAGACAAAUAAGAAGUACACCAUAGCAAGAAUGUCAGACACUCAUUCUAUAACUGUGGAUUUUCGACUUUCUAGAGGCAUUGCACAGGUGAACGAAGGAAACUACGCGAAAGCCAUAUCUAUUUUUGAUAAGGUGCUGAAAGAAGAACCGAAUUACCCUGAGGCGCUUAUAGGAAGAGGGACAGCUUAUGCAUUCAAACGAGAGCUUGAAAAUGCUAUAGCUGAUUUUACUAAGGCUAUUCAAUCUAACCCAGCAGCAGGUGAGGCCUGGAAGCGGAGAGGACAGGCUCGCGCUGCUCUUGGGGAAUUUGCUGAGGCGGUUGAAGAUUUGACAAAAGCACUGGUUUAUGAGAAAAACUCACCUGAUAUAUUGCACGAAAGGGGUAUUAUUAAUUUUAGAUCUAAGGACUUCACUGCUGCUAUAAAGGACCUAUCUAUAUGUCUGAAGCAAGAGAAAGAUAACAAGUCCGCAUAUACUUAUUUGGGACUAGCUUUUGCUUCUCUUGGUGAAUAUAAAAAAGCUGAAGAAGCGCAUUUGAAGUCCAUCCAGCUGGAUAGUAAUUAUCUUGAAGCAUGGCUACAUCUCGCCCAGUUCUAUCAAGAGUUGGCCGACCAUAGCAAGGCUUUGGAAUGCAUUGAGCAGGUUCUACAAGUGGACAACAGGGUUUGGAAGGCCUAUCACUUGCGUGGAUUAGUGUUCCAUGGAUUAGGUGAACACAGGAAGGCUAUCAAGGAAUUAUCUAUUGGCUUGAGCAUUGAGACCUCGAUAGAGUGCUUGUACCUACGAGGUUCCUGCUAUCAUGCUGUAGGAGAGUAUAGAGAUGCGGUGAAGGACUACGAUGCUACAGUGGAUGCAGACCUUGAUGCAGUGGAGAAAUUUGUUCUUCAAUGCCUGGCAUUUUAUCAGAAAGAGAUUGCCUUGUACACGGCUUCCAAAGUUAGUAGUGACUUUUUCUGCUUUGAUAUUGAUGGUGACAUAGAUCCGAUGUUCAAGGAGUACUGGUGCAAAAGAUUACACCCAAAGGAUGUAUGUGAAAAGGUUUACAGACAGCCUCCCCUGCGUGAAUCCCUUAAGAAGGGUAAACUGAAAAAGCAAGAUCUUGCAAUAACCAAACCGAAGGCGAAUCUUCUUCGCUUCGCUGAUUUAAUUGGCAAGAAAAUCCAAUAUGAUUGUCCUGGAUUCUUACCGAACAGACGUCAGCAUCGUAUGGCAGGAUUGGCUGUGAUAGAAAUUGCUCAAAAGGUUUCAAAAGCUUGGCGCAUAGAGUGGAGGAGUUUAAACAAAGGCACGGCAAAAAAUGGGAAAAAAAACCGUAGGAGAGAAAGAAUAAACAUGCUUAGCCAGAAUAGAGGUGGUGCUGGGUGUAGUACUAGCAGCUCCAGUGAAACUUCAACUGCGUAUGCCUCACUCGAAGAUCGAUCAUCUGGCCGCUCGAUGUUGUCUUGGCAAGAAGUUUAUUCCUCUGCUGUGAGAUGGAGACAAAUUUCAGAGCCUUGUGACCCAGUUGUGUGGGUUAACAAACUAAGGUACAUGUUCCUAUGCUAUGUUAGUGGAAUAUCUACUGACUCUUUGAACAGUGAAGAGUUUAAUUCUGGGUUUGGUUCACAUACGCCGAUGUUACUCGGACAAGCUAAAGUAGUACGCUACUUCCCAAAUUAUGAAAGAACCCUGAGUCUUGCAAAGACCAUCAUCAAGGAUAAACUCUCUGUACGCAGCAAGGCAGAUGAAGUUAUUGAUCUAUCUAAAGAUGCGAAGAUAGAAGAAAUAAUGCGUGCUGCAACGUGUGAAGAGCUACACAAAAUUGUUGGUGAGGAUUUCUGGGUGGCUACUUGGUGCGACAGUACUGCAUUCGAAGGGAAACGCCUUGAAGGAACUAGGAUCACCUGCAUUCAAAAACCGGAAAGGCUUGGGUAUGAUUUUGCAAUUCGGACCCCAUGUACACCUGCGAGGUGGAGCGAUUUCGAUGAAGAAAUGACCUCAGCUUGGGAGGCUGUAUGCAAUGCGUAUUGUGGAGAGAAUUACGGUUCUACUAAACUCGACGCUCUAGAAACCGUUAGAGACGCUAUCUUACGCAUGACGUAUUACUGGUACAAUUUUAUGCCGUUAGCUCGAGGGACGGCCGUAACGGGAUUUGUAGUGUUAAUGGGACUUCUGCUAGCUGCUAAUAUGGAGUUCACUGAGAGUAUCCCGAAAGGGUUACAGAUUGAUUGGGAGGCUAUUCUUAAUCUUGAACCGGGUUCCUUUACUGGUUCGGUUAAGUCUUGGUUAUAUCCAUCCCUGAAAAUCAGCACGUCGUGGAGAGAUCACCCGGAAAUUUCCUCGGCGUUUUCAACAACCGGAUCGGUUGUCGCGGCGCUUAGCUCUUACAACGAUUGAGUUUUAAGUCUUGUCUCUUUGUCUCUUACAGUCUGACAUAAGAGGUGAAGAAAGCUAACCCAACCGUGAGCAGUAAGAAAAACUUAUAUUUCAGUCAUAAACCUUCGGCUUAUGCUGUUUCUGUCUUAAAAAAAAAAAAGCUUUGAUAGGGUUUCUAGAAUAUCUUUUAACUCUUAUAGUUGUUUUUUUUUGUCUCUUUGGACAUCACCCAUGUUUAGUUUUAUUUUACAGUUUUAAUAAUGUAUUUAGAUAUGAUCUCUUUCGCUUCAGUCACAAGUCAACAUGAGAAACUCUUGGGAGUUAUGUUGCUUAUGAUUUACGAAGCCUUGUAUUACUAGUCUAAAAUUAUGACAUUAGCUUUUUUCAAUUCUUUCUCUUGCUUCUUGCAUUUUCAG